CUCAAGAACACACUCUCGAACUGCAAGUGGCCCUUCAUACCUCAACAAGGGAACUAUCUUGCCUCGAGUUUAAGUCGCUAAGGCUCGAUCAGCUUAACCAAACUGAAUCCACGGCCCCAUCGCAAUGCGAACGGUAGCAAGCCCCGUACGAAGUUAAACGUUCGUCUGCCUUAUCCGCCCUCUACCUUGGAACUUCGACAUACGCUUCCUAUCUCGUCAGGUAGACUCUAAUACCACCUUUAAAGACGCUGCACGAUUGGAUCCCACCUUGAACUCCAAGGAAGACAGUAAUGGAAGAUGCAACCUUCAUAUACCCAUUCUUCCCUGCUGGGGUCCAACGAAUCAUUGCUACGGGCUCCACAAGCUACGUAGGCAUUAUUGACCAGGACACCGUUCUAAAGUAUCCGCAUGAACAACACGAUCAACACGGCCUGAAGGUGGAGGCUACAAUUCUCGGUGUACUCGGCUCUCACCCACGGAUAAUCAAGUUGAAAGAGUGGGAUAAAGAAGGCCUCAGGCUAGAAUAUGCACACAAUGGUCGACUAGAUGAGCAUCUAGAGAAGUUUGCAGGAUCGACACAGGACAGGUUCCGGUGGGCCCGUCAGGCGGCGGAAGCCGUGGCAUACGUCCACAGCAAGGAUGUUCUUCACUGCGAUAUCAGGUUAGGAAACCUGCUUCUCGACAAAAAUUUCGAUAUCAAACUUUGCGACUUCCAAGGCAUUUAUCGAACUGUUGAUGGAGAGACCCUGGAUGGUUUUGCAGGCGAAUCCGUCAAGUAUUCCCUCCCUCGCCAAAAUCCACUGCAUGCGGAUCGGAAGACGGACCUUUUUGCUCUAGGUACCGCCAUCUAUCACAUCAUGCAAGGUCAUGAACCAUAUCCAGAACUCCAUAAUGUCCGGGACAGGGACAAGAUCAUCAAUCUAUAUCGAGCUGGUCAAUUUCCGGAAGACCUAAGCGUUGAAUUUGGUGGAGGUGUUGUCAGGACCUGCUGGAAUCUUGGAUAUGACUCUGCAGACCAGAUUGUUAAUGCUUUGUCGGGAUUACAAGCAGGAAUAGGACCAUAGUUCAUUACACGCAAUGUGCAACCGAUUGCGGAGCGUCCUUGUUUUCAUGCUUUAGAGCAGAGUCCACAAAUUAUUUCUCGCAGUAUAAUUCAAUUGACCGGCGAUAAUAAACUAG